AAUUGAGCACCCCUAGUACUCAGUUUCCACAGCUGAUUAUUUGUUUACCUUCGAAGUCCGAAACGCAUGUUAUUUUGAACGAAUUCUCGUGUUGGUUUUCUUUUGGCAGCGGCUGUUAAAUUCCUUAUUUUUCAUCAUGCCUAAACAUCUAAUGAAAGAAUUGGCAAAGUGUAAGCACCCAAAAAGUCGCAAAACCUUAGCCUUGGCAAGAAAAAUUAAAAAAAUAAAUAAUCGUGAAAAGAAAAAGAUUGGCCACGCAGUUAGAGCUAACGUAGUUGGCAAGAAACUUGGAUGGUUUGCAGAGCACCUAGAAGAUGGAAGGACAGAACCACUUUCAAGCUCUGAGUUUGAGCAGCUCAUCGAUGAAUAUCUCAUACGGUUCGACGAAGAGUUGGAGCAAAUCAAAUUGGUUCAGUCAAUUAGCAAGCAACGAAAUAACCAGCAUGCAUCUCGAGAGGCCAGCAUAAAAAUGACGCUGGAAAAAGAAACCAACGAUUUCAACGGUGGUGGAUUGGAGUUGCCAAACUUGUGUCACAAAGUUGAGUUUCGGAAAUUUCAGAACUGGGAUGGCGAUGCACAAACUAUACAACAUCUAAAGUUACAUUUUAUCUCCCGCAAAAGCCUUGAAACAGCCAAAAAAGAUCUAGACAAGGACAUGAUCAUGGAAUAAAUUCACGGAAUUUGCGUUACUCAA